CGAGGAGUCCAAUAGUCCAUAUAUGUAAAUUUUAUAUUGCCUUCGGAAAUUCUGCAUCGAACUGCAAAACCCUACUCCACUUCUCGACUUUUUCGCCUCCAACUGCUUCUCGUGAUUCUGCAGUUAAGCUUCCUCUCUCAGAUCUGCAGCUAGAGCGUGGAGCAUUUCUCCAUUCCGCCAUGGCACUGGUGAUACACGCAGGAAAGACGAAUAAAAAUUCUUUCAAGGCUCUCAUUGCUGCAGAGUACAAUGGAGUCGAAGUGAAAUUGAUCCCAGACUUUGAGAUGGGAGUCUCAAACAAGACUCCGGAGUUUAUCAAGAUGAACCCUAUUGGGAAGGUUCCUGUUUUGGAAACGCCCGAUGGCCCCAUAUUUGAGAGCAAUGCGAUAGCCCGUUAUGUUGCACGCUUGAAGGCUGAUAGUCCUCUGUUUGGUUCAUCUUCGAUAGAUUAUGGGCAUAUUGAACAAUGGAUUGAUUUUGCAUCAUUAGAGAUAGAUUCUAAUAUUUUGACUUGGUAUAGACCUAGAAUUGGGAGAGCUGCUUAUCUUCCACCUGUUGAGGAAGCUGCAAUUGCUGCAUUGAAGAGAGCUUUGGGAGCUUUGAAUACGCACCUUGCUUCAAACACAUACCUAGUUGGUUAUUUUGUAACAUUAGCUGACAUCAUCAUGACUUGCAACCUCUUAUUGGGUUUUACUAAGUUAAUGACUAGGAGCUUUACCUCAGAGUUCCCACAUGUUGAGAGGUACUUCUGGACCUUAGUCAAUCAACCAAACUUCAAAAAAAUUCUGGGUGAGGUGAAGCAGGCAGAGUCAGUUCCACCUGUUCAAUCUGCUAAGAAACCUGAUGAAUCUGCUAAGCAAAAGCACAAAGAUGAGGUAAAGAAAGAACCUAAAAAGGAAGCAGAAAAAGAGAAGCCCAAGGCGGUAGUUGGCGAGGGAGAGGAUGAGGCACCAAAGCCUAAACCCAAAAAUCCUCUUGAUUUGCUUCCUCCCAGUAAGAUGAUUCUGGAUGAGUGGAAGCGGCUGUACUCGAAUACCAAAACCAACUUCCGGGAGGUUGCAAUUAAAGGAUUUUGGGACAUGUACGAUCCAGAGGGAUAUUCUCUUUGGUUCUGCAAUUACAAGUACGACGAUGAGAAUACUGUUUCGUUUGUGACUUUGAACAAGGUUGGUGGCUUUCUCCAGCGGAUGGAUCUCGCACGUAAGUAUGCUUUUGGGAAGAUGUUAGUGAUUGGAUCCGAACCUCCAUUUAAGGUGAAGGGAUUGUGGCUCUUCCGUGGGCAAGAGAUCCCAAAGUUCGUCCUGGACGAGUGCUAUGACAUGGAACUGUAUGAAUGGAGGAAGGUGGAUAUAUCAGACGAGGCACAAAAGGAACGCGUGAACCAGAUGAUUGAAGAUCAUGAGCCUUUUGAAGGAGAGGCUUUGUUGGACGCCAAAUGCUUCAAGUGAUGAAGCAAUCAUCUUAAGGGGUGUUGUUUUAGUUUGUUUUCAGAGUUCCAAGUAUCAUAUAUAUAUCAUCGUUUACUAGUCCUUAUUUCGGUCGAGUGUGAUUAGACAGAUAUACCCCUCCCAAAGGGGGAAGAAAACAGCAAGUAAAAAUCUCCCCGCGAUAAUUCUUCUC